UAUGUGUAUAUAUAUAUAAACUAUUUUACUGCCAUGUCCAAAGUGCCUCACCACUCAAAAAACAACAGCAAGAGAGGAACAACACCAUGCAUGUCCUGUCUCUUUCUGACCGUUGUAUUCUCCUCUUGCUGUUCUCUGCAUCGAACAUUCCAACUUUUCCGGCGAAACCCUCGGCCUCUCCUCCGCCGCCGCCGCCGGUGGGCCGCCGCCGCCGGCUCGCGGUGGAUUACUACGCGGAAACUUGUCCUCAACUGGAGAUGCUUGUCGGCUCCGUCACUUCUCAGCAGUUCAAAGAAACUCCAGUCUCAGCUCCCGCCACAAUUCGACUCUUCUUCCAUGACUGCUUCGUCGAGGGUUGUGACGGAUCGGUAUUGGUGGAAACUGAGAAGGAGAACAAAACGACGCCGUUGGAGAGAGAAGCGGAGGAGAACACAGAUCUAAGCCAAGAAGGGUUCGAUACCAUUAAGAAAGCUAAGUCCUUGGUGGAGAAUCAUUGUCCUUCUCUCGUCUCUUGUGCUGACAUUCUCGCCAUUGCUGCUCGAGAUUUCAUCCACUUGGCAGGUGGACCGUAUUACCAAGUCAAGAAAGGAAGACUGGACGGAAAAUUAUCAAAGGCAGUGAACGUUCCCCGGAACAUUCCUCGUUCGAACUCGACUGUCGAUCAGCUCAUCGAUCUCUUCUCGUCAAAAGGAUUAACGGUGAAAGACCUCGUCGUCCUCUCGGGUGCACACACCAUAGGAUACGCCCACUGUAGGCAAUUCCUUACCCGUCUCUACAACUUCAAAGGAUCCAGAAAACCCGACCCGAACAUCGACUUCAAGCUCCUCAAGGAGCUGAGAAUGUCAUGUCCCGAGUUCGGGGGAGGGUCUAACGUCGUACUGCCGCUCGAUGUAACGACGCCGUUCUCGUUCGAUAAUGGGUACUUCAUCGAUCUGGAGAAGAAUAUGGGGUUGUUGGGAUCUGAUCAAGCUCUGUUUCUUGAUCCGAGAACGAAGCCUGUGGUCAUGGAGAUGGCGAGAGAUAAGCAGAAGUUCUUCGAGGCGUUUUCUAAUGCUAUGGAUAAGAUGGGUUCGAUUGGUGUUAACAGUGGGAGACAUGGAGAGAUUCGAAGAGAUUGUAGUGUACUUUCGUGAGAAAAUUGUAUGAAGAAAAUGUUCUUGAAUCGACCCUGUUCAUAUGAUUUUCGAUUCA